ACUGCCUGCCGCUAAAGAGGAGGGUAAGAGACUUAAAAAGCGAUACGCCGUAUUUAAUUUCGAUGGUAGCUUGGCUGAAUUGAAGGGCUUCGAGGUUAAACGGAAUGGAGAGCUGCAGCUUAUCAAAAUCUUUCAGUCGGCCGUUUUUGAGGCUUUUCUGGGUGGAAGCAACCUAGAAGAAGUUUAUGUUUCAGUUGCUCGCGUCGCUGACCAUUGGCUCGAUGUGCUAUAUGCUCAUGGUGCCGGUUUGCACGACGAGGAACUGAUUGACUUGCUGGCAGAGCGUCGCAGCAUGUCUCGCCGAUUGGCGGAUUAUGGUGAGCAGAAAUCGACUUCAAUCAGCACGGCACGCCGGCUAGCUGAGUUUCUUGGUGAUUCGAUGGUCCGAGAUGCAGGCCUUAAUUGCCGAUUUGUUAUCUCCAAGCAGCCCGAAGGUGCGCCUAUAACCGACCGAGCCAUUCCACUGGCUAUUUUUCAGCCAACCCUCUUUCCUAGAUCAAUUUCAGCCUUGCUUCAUCAAUCUCCCUUCUCAAUUAUUGUUAAUCCUUUACUUAUUCAAACGACUAAUUUAAUGCACCUUCUCGACUUCGCAUCCACUCAUGCGUUUUAUGCACAGGCCGAGACUGCAGUGCGUCGACAUUUUUUACGCAAGUGGCUUCGUGACCCCAGUGUAUCAUCUGAACUUGGCUUUCGUGAUAUUCUUGAUUGGGCGUAUUAUAUCGAACGACUGAAUAGUACUAUUCAGAAGAUCAUUACAAUUCCAGCAGCACUCCAGCAGGUGCCGAACCCUGUACCAAGAGUAUCCCAUCCUGACUGGUUACUUCGUAGAUUAGCUGAAAAAACGGAUACACGUCGACAAACCCGCUUGACCGACAUGCUAUUGCCUGGCAAUAGCCAAAAGGCUGAGUCUCAUGUUAUUGACAUUGAGGACAUUGCCGAUGAUACAAAGUUAGAAGUGUAUACUUUUUUAAUUUUAUCUAAUAGCAUUCAUCAUCAAUGGUCCUCUUGCCUUAAGCUUGAAAGUAACUAA